CCGCCGCACUCCAGCGCUUUGCGACACCGCGGCCGUAAACGCUCCGACUGUCGCAGCCCUCGGGCGGAAGUGGACGGGUUAGCGGCAGAGAGGGCGCCUCUGGGGUCGGAAGUGGGGCGUGGGCAACCAGUCCGCGGCCAGGGCGGUACUCUCGCCGGAAGGCCGCAGUGCGACUGCGCAGGCGGACCUCAGCGGAACGCCGGCCUUUGUGGUGGGCGUGGCCUGUCGCCCUGACAACCGGGAGCGUUCCGGCCCGGCGGAGUUGAGACUUUUCCCCAGGCGAAGGUGCUGCUUUUCUUCUCCCAUGGGUCCCAAAUCAAAAAAGGACACCGUGUGUCUCAGAGAGCCAGAGGAAACCAUUUGGAAUGUUUCGGUGAUAAGAACUGUUGCGGUGAACAGGUGCAGACAUUUCCGUGGAGUGUUGCUGAACAGGGAAUGUGGCCGCCUGGAGUGGUGAGUUAACGUCUAGGAUACAGGAUACACAGAGGCUGCAGGCAAACACUGCUGCUGCGUUAUGUCUGGACCUGAGGCUGUGAACCCUGGCUGUCAUGGGGUCCUGUGACUAGGGGACAGGCUGAGGAUUGACUGUCUGCUCUCUGGGUUCCCAACACGUGAUGAGAAUGUGCCUCAGCUCUACGUCUUUCAUCAUAUUGCAUGUGUGCACGUUGGAGGCCUGGUGGUAAGAAAAAGAUCAGCAAAGCGGAGCAACUGCGCCUGCUGCAGGAGGAGGAGGAGAGACGCCUGAAGGAGGCAGAGGAGGCUCGAGUGAGAUUUGAAAAAGAAGAACAGGAAAGGCUAGAGCAACAACGGAUAGAAACAGAGAAAUGGCGUCGGCUGGAAGAGAAAGAUCUCAAAAGAAGAAAACAGGAAUUGGAAGAGCUUUCAUUCCUAGAGGACUGCUUUCCUGAAGCAGAGAAACUGAAACGGGAAACCAGAGCGCUGGCUCAGUGGAAGCACUAUAUCCUGUGUGACGGGAGCCCCGACCCCUCCAUAGCCCAGGAAAUAAAUACAUUCAUCAGCCUGUGGGAAGAGGAGACCAAUGAGACCUUCGAGCAAGUGGUCGAGAAGAGCAAGCUGGUGCUGUCCUUGAUUAAGAAGCUAAAGUUAAUUUUGCUGGAAACCCCAGCGAGUGACCUGGACAAAAGGACUGUCACGCAGCACCAGCAGUCGAUCCUGCGCCUGCAGGAGCUCCUCAGCCUGAAGGUGGACGUGGCCACAGAGCUGCUUCUCCGACAAGCCAGCACCUUAGCAGAUUUGGACAGCGGGAACAUGGAGAAGAUCAUCCAGGAUGAGAACAUCACCCUGUAUGUGUGGGCAAACCUCAAAAAGAAUCCAAGGUACCGAACUGUGAAAUUCUCUGGAACAGAAAUUGGAUUUGAAAUCCCAAGGAUACUGGCUGCAAGCAACAUUGCCCUUCGGCUCCUACACACGCGCUAUGAUCAUGUCACCCCCUUGUGUCCCACUGCCUUCGCUGAGGAAGCAGAACAAGUCCUCGAGGUUACGGAGCAUCUCGAAAAAAAAGAGAGUACGGGAAAGGCCGUCACUGAAGAGAAAGAGAAGGCCGAAGAGAAAGAGAAAGCCGAAGAGAAAGAGAAAGCUGAAGAGAAAGCUUCUGACGAAGAAGAGCCCCCUGAGAUGAUAGAAGAGCAAGAGUUCAGCAUAAUCCAAGAGGAGGAGCCCAAAUUUGAGGAGACUCCAGAGCUCACUGAAGAACAAAAGAUUUCCUUUGAGGAAGAAGAAGAUUCCUUAACCGUCAAACAUGAACUGGAGUUGAAGUUGCUCAGUGAAGUUGUAUCUGCAGCACAGAUGCACCUGAUAGAGAAGGCGGAGGAGCGGGAAACCAGCAAAGACCAUGAGGUGGACUUGUGCCACUUCGCCACUCUGGGGGGAGUGUACCACCUGGACAUCCUGGAGCUGCCCCCUCAGUGCAAGCCAGCGAACGGCUGGAUGUUGGUGGAGGUAGGAGACUCUGAGUUUAAGUUACAGAUACUCCAAGAUGGAUUACAGAGGUUUACAUAUCCUCCAGAAAUCAUAGAAGAACCGGAUCCAGAAAAUGCCUAUCCACCCCUAGAGGUCACGCUGGAGGUCCAUGAGAACGUCGUCUUCUUUCAGGACCCUAAGGUCAUAGUGUGGGACGCUGAAGAUAAGGUGUGGAGAACAGAUGGCAUCAACAACGUUUUUUAUGACCGACAUGGCAGGCUCAUCACCUUCACCCUGGAUACAUUGGGCCCUGUGACCCUGAUGCAGGAUGCCCACAUCCUCAUGCCCUACAAGUCCUGGGAGCUGAGACCCCUCCGUGUGAACGAAGUCCUUUUGACCGUGACUACGGUUUUCACUGAACUCCAGAUCCAUAUCAAAGAAAAUCUCUGCAUGUUAGCCUCAAUCAAACUGGAGAACCAAGACCACUUGCCUCACUUAAAGGGAAAAUGGAUGACACCCAUACCCUUCAUCCUGGCUUUGAAAGAAGCUGGGCUGAACAUCUUCCCUUCUGUGUACUCCCAUUUUUAUGUCACCCACAACAAUAAGGUGUCCCUGUUGGAAGUGAAGGCCUAUCGGCAAAUGGCUCUAUUAAGCUCGGCCUUCAAGUUUGGCCGGAGCAGAUGGAACACAGUCUCCAACACCACAAGAGUUGUAUUUCAGGUGAAGGAAGGCCUGCUGGAAGAAGCGGAGGACCGGCUCCUCAUGUUCAACGGCGAGAGAGCGUGGGUGCUCGGCAUCAGGGAGGACAGCUACGUGUUCAUGGACACCCUGAAAGAGGAGACGGAGUUCCACUCCACCCUGUACCACAUGGUGAAGGACUUCGCCUCCCCGGAGGCCAUGGACAGGGUUCGCGGUUCCGACUGCCAGUUCAUUGACGCUGUGUGCCACAUGCUGCUGUCCAUCCGCGUCCUCAACUACUCCUAGUCCUUAGCUGCCCCUCGACCCCUCGUCCUCAGCUACCCCUCGACCUCAGCUACCCCUCAGCCUCAGCUACCCCUCGGCCUCAGCUACCCCUCAGCCUCAGCUACCCCUCGUCCUCAGCUACUCCUCGUCCUCAGCUACUCCUAGUCCUCAGCUACCCCUUGACCUCAGCUACCCCUCAUCCUCAGCUACCCCUUGACCUCAGCUACCCCUCAUCCUUAGCUACCCCUCGACCUCAGCUACCCCUCGGCCUCAGCUACCCCUCGACCUCAGCUGCCCCUCGACCUCAGCUACCCCUCGACCUCAGCUUCCCUCAUCCUCAGCUAUUCCUCAUCCUCAGCUACCCCUCGACCUCAGCUACCCCUCGACCUCAGCUACUCCUAGUCCUCACGCCUGUGUAGGAGCCUGUUCUGUCUGGGAGGAACUGGGUAUUUCUCCAAGUGCUGAGAUAUCAGAUAAGCUACAGAUGACCUAAAAGCACUCUAUUCAAGCUUCUCUGCAGAAAGAUCUGAAUGGUCUUUAUUUUGAUAUAUUGCAAUAAAGAAUCGUGUUUCCCUCUCAGGAAACUCAUUAAAAUA